AAAAUAGGAUUAAAAUUUUGAAUUCAAAAGCUUAGACCAAACCGCGAAGAGCCUCAGAAACAAAUUUCUCCGCAGAACACAAUCGCUGCUCUCCAGAACGUCACGCUAAACCUAGCAAAUCACCAAAAUGUCCACAGCUAAGGUGAGCGCUAAGAAACGAGUUCGUGACUCUGUAGUCACCAAAUCGAAUUCGAAAUUCCGAGUCGACGAUGAGUUGGAUCUCGAUCUUUCAAGCGAUAUCAAAGGGAUAAUGUCGGCGCUGCACCAGAUCAGAGAGAAGGCACAGAAGGACGGUCAAAAGAAGAAUGAAGAGACAAUUUCGAGUGUGGCAUCUGAGAUCAAGUCUAUGGUUGAUGAGUUGAAGUCGAAGCUUGAGAAGGACAGGCAAAGUUUUGCUAAGGCGCUCUCGAAGAGCUCAAAAGAGUGUGAAAAUUGCUUGAAAGAUGAGACCUCCAAAUUCAAAGAGAUCUAUGAGAAGUUCUGCAAGGACAAAGAUGCCCAUCUGCAGGUCCUAAAAGAUACGAUCACCAAAUUUGAGGAGGACAAGGAAAACCUCUUCACCCGAUAUGAACAACUCAGAAAGAGGGAGAAGAGUAUCAUUUCUGAACAGGAGAAAGCUUCUGCUGACAAAAUUGCGAAAUUGGAGGAGUCCUUGAAGAAGAAAAAGCAGGACGACAAAACAUUUAGCAUUUUGAGGAAAACUCUUGGCUCUUUCCUGGAAAAUGCAUCAGAUGAAGACUUCCCACCUGAUGAUUGAAGAUUGCGCAGAAAGACCUUACUGGAACCUUCUGUCUGUACCAACUUGGUCCAAGCAAUCUCAUCCUUUUGAAUUUUGAACAGGUCGAACAUUGAAUUCAAAUCACACGUUAAAAAAUAACUAAUAUUAGAAUCAAUAUUAUCUCAAAAGUUUAUCAUUCCAUGUUCUUGAGCACCCAUGAAGGGUAGUUGAUCAAGAUACUUGUAAUGCUGCAUUGCAGCAAAUAUUUUGCAAUUUGGUGAAUAUUCAGGAUUAGUAGAGUGUCCGACAGCAAAAUAUUUUUCCUUCAA